AUGAUCGUGCCAACCCUUACAACUUUAUUACUGCUUGAUGUCAGUAUAUCUUCCGCCUAUAAUUCGAGUCUUGGUGGCCAGCUUGGAGACACCGUCGUCCCCGUUGGUCACUUGAACCGCUCGCUACCUUCUGCGAACAACAAUUCGACCGUUGCUGAGGAUGAGUUGGAGAGCGACGAUGAUAGUGAGCAAGACAAUACCGAGUUUGACAGCACUGAGGCGGAGACAAGGAGUUGGAUCAGUUCUACCACAGGAAAAGUACAACAUUUCUACGAAAAAUUGUCAAGCAAAGAAGAUGUCGUAGGCAACGAGCUCGGCCAACAUGUUUGGCAACAGAUUAUGGAGAUGCACCAGCAGCCAAAUGUGAAACAAACUCCAGAGCAAAUUAAGGAGCUAUUUGCAAAAUUGGCGAAUCAUAUCAAGAUCAAAGACGAAGAUCCAACCCCACGCAUUGGCAUCUCCGUCUUACUUGAAAGUGCCUCAACGGAGAUCGUCCAAAGCGAACUGCUUCGAUCGAAAACAAAACUCUCUGCAGUGUUUGACAUUCUGUUGAGUCGUACGCAGGACGGAAGCCUAACUGAUUUUUUUAAACGCAAGCUGCAUGUUCCAAUGCUAUCUUACGCUUGCAAAUACUUGGAAUCCACCAGUACAGCUAAAGAACAAAAAGCUGUCUCACAGGAGAUGUAUCAGUUCCUCACCGCUGAUCGUCAGGGUAAGAAUUUUAUUACUAUGCUAGGAACCUAUGACGUCACCUAUGUCCACGAGGAUGUCGAUAAAUUGAUCAAUUUAUUGACAAAGCAGCCUGUGACACGCGUUCUAGCGGCUCGAUUGAACAUGAUGCGAAACUUCAAUCUAUCGUACUAUUGGAACAUCAUUCGCAAUCAACAUUCGUUGAGUCUUCCACUUAAUGUCUGGCUUGAGCUCGCUGCUUUCACUCGUUUCAGCUACAUUGAGCACGAAGCAAUGGAUUCUGCCUUUGUGUUGUCGCAAAUCUUCGACACACUCACUCAGACGCUUAAAAUACCGAAGACAGACGUGAAAACAGUGUUCUCAGCUAUUUCCGAAGUAAAUCAAGUGACAUUUGAAAUUGGUCCUAAGACGAUGUUAUAUUGGAAGCUUCUGUAUCCAGUCGCAGAAAAGGAGAUAAUGAGCAGACUUGAUACCAUAAAGAAUGAGGAUGAAGUACGUCUUCUCAAAGCUACUUUGCAGAAUGACGAUCAAGUGGAAUUGGUCAGAGCGGCUUUAAAGGAUAACGAGAAGAUUGUUUCUUUCGAGGCGGCGUUGGAUGAUCAGGCAAUGAAGACAACGUUCCAGGCGAUGCUAAAAGAGGAUAAUCUCGUGCAAUUGCUUAAUGCGCUGCUCGAAGACAAUUACAAAGUGCAAUUGCUCAAAGGGGGUUCGGGAGAUCAAAAGCACCUAGAGAUGGCUCUGAGCAAAAGUGAUGUGAAGGAGGCGAAGGAUGAAGCUGGUGAUAUGAAUAUACUCAAAGCGCUGGUCAAGGAUGAGGGAAGGUUGCAGUUGCUCAAAGCGUCUUUGGUGGAUGAUGACCGUGUGAAGUUGUUUAAAGAAGCUUUGGAAGCUGAAAGACGGUUAAAAUCGGUUGAAGAUAUGCUGAGCGGUACGGAUUUGAAUAUGAAGCAGAUAUUCAAUUCGAUACUCGCGAAGGAGGAUACAGUGCGUUUACUCCAAGAGACUGUGAACAAUAACGAGCGCUUGAAGUUGUUAAGAAUUGUGCUGAAGGAAAAGAAAUCAAUAGCGAGCUUGAAGACGGUGCUGGGUGAUGACACUCUGUCGGCGGCGCUCGAUGAGGUAUUAAAGGAUGUGGAUCAAGUGUUUUUCCUCAGAUUGGCAAUUAACGAUGAGAACCGUCUGUGGUUGUUUCGGAUGGCUUUAACGAAGCAGCAAGAACGGAUAAACAAGUUUGAAGAGAUGUUGGACAAAAGAGAAUUGGGGCAUGUGUUUAGAACGAUGAUCGAGAACGAAGAGAAAGCAAAGUGGUUAGGUGCGAUUUUUGGUAGCCCAUCAAACGCGAGAGAUCACAAACAAGCGCUGAAAGAUAGAGAUCUGGUAAAGCUUGCUGGCGAAAUGAUCAAGUACAUGGAGAAUCUAGAAAGUAAAGCUAGUUCUUAA